UUUCCAAAUCUACGUGGAACCCCUCAAAGCUCACCCAUCAUGACGGACCUCAGUGCGUUCACCCAGUUCCCCGGCAACAAGGUUUUCCUCGCCCGCGCCGGCGUCUUUGUGGCGACCGUGAUCUCGUUCUUCACCUGCACUCGUGUUACUGGCAUCAGCGAAGGCGACUACGCGUUCCUCGUCAGCUUCAUCGCGUUGUCGUAUGUGCUGUUGCACUCGUACUUUGUCACGUUCCUCAAUGCCGUGUCGUUCGUGCCCCAAACCCAGUUGAUUGUCGAUGGUGUCCUCACCAUCCUAUUGUUGGCUGGUGCCAUUGCCCUUGCCAGCUUCCGCUGGUUGCCUGGCGCUGGUGUUGUUGCUGUCAUCUUCCUCUUCAUUGCCACCCUUUUCCAAGCUGGUGCAGUGGCCCUUCAAUGGAUGGAGCGCAAUUCUGCCAACAACUCGUCCGAACCUGCUUCGUCCGUCGACGCACCUGGUGACUUCUACAUCAAGGCCACCACCCCCGUCGGUGAAGCUCCCAUCGUCAAGGAGCCCGAACACAGCGCUGUUUAAUUAACCGAAUGUUUAUGGAAUGAUCUCAUGCUCUCUGCA